CAAACAGCAUACAACAAGAGAUCAAUGUCGUCGUCAGCUCAAAUCUCAAAGACUGCGGUCAACUCUUUGAGUUCGAAAGCGAGCACUGCGAAUGUUGCGAAUCCGCCAGGUUAUGUCGCUACUCCGGCGCCUUCGUCAAAGGCGAACAAGAACGCCGUCGCAACUAAACAGUCAACAGAGGAUCGGGAUACACUGAAAGUCAAGAAAGCAUGGGAAAUCGCCCUCGCUCCCGCCAAAAACGUCCCAAUGCAAGCCUUCAUGAUGUACAUGUCCGGCUCCUCCCUCCAAAUCUUCUCCCUCAUGAUGGCAUUCAUGCUCUUCAAGAACCCAGUAACCGCUCUCUCCAACACUGCCAACACUUUUCUACCAUUGGAGUCUGAGCAGCUGAAGAAAGAUGGAAGAUUGUGGUUGCCGAAGGUGUGUUUUGUGGUGAUGCAGGUGUUGAUGAUGGGGUUGGGGGUGUAUAAGUGUUGGACGAUGGGGUUGUUGCCGACGAGUGGGAGUGAUCGGUUAGUUUGGGCGGAGAGGAGGACGAGUGAUCUUCUAUCAGUAUUCGCAUCGUGAUAGCUACGGUACAGCCCGAAUGUGCGAGGAGAGUGGGGUAUGUGGGUGCCGGUCGAUCCGCUCAUCGCCGGCGGCGAUGGCUGCAAUAAUGAAACCAUUUCUCCAAACAGUUGAG